GGGAAGCGAGCGGCCACAGACGGAGAGAGAGAGACGGACGCAUGGGCUUGACAAAACGGGAAACCCAGCCCAUGCUCAAAUGGCUGAUCUGGAACUGUUUUACUUUGAUCAGCCGAAUCCCGGAGACGUCUCACUGGUUUUAAAUAAGCAAAGUGUCGCCGACAGCGGCUACAGCGGCGAAAAGUCACUUGAUGUCAGCGGAGGAGAGGAUUCAGCACCAUGGACAGAGAUCCGGAGAGCUCCGCGUCCGGAGGAGGAAACGGAAACAUCUUUCACCUGCAAAGAUCAACAUGAUCAACAUGAUGAAGAUGGUGAUGAUGUGCAGCUGAUAGGGACGAGUCCACAAACCUGCAGACUGAGUCAGCGCUCCUCAAGUGAACUAUACGAGGAGGAGGAGGAGGUAAUGGAGGAAGAAGAGGAGGACAUCUCGGAACUUUACUUGCUGUCCGACGACGACCUCUCCUCUGAGGACUCGGGGAAGUCUGUGGAUUACGGCUUCAUCAUCGCCGUGACUUGUCUGGUAACUGGCAUCUCUCUGGUCGCCAUAGCUUACACGGUCCCAAGGGACGUCCGGGUGGACCCGGAUACCGUGUCCGCCCGGGAGAUGGAGCGCCUGGAGAGGGAGAAAGCCAGAGUGGGCGCCCAUCUGGACCGGUGUGUCAUAGCGGGACUGUGUCUGCUCACUCUCGGGGGCGUGCUGCUGUCCACGCUGCUCAUGAUCUCCAUGUGGAAAGGGGAGAUGAUGAGGAGGAAAGCCUUCGCCUACUCCAAACACGCAGCAAAGUUGUACGGCUCGAUCAGUUUGAGAGCUGGCUCCAGCCCGACUCGGGAAUCCUGCUCACAUUUGUCAGUGACUGAUGAGGAUUUAGAAGUGCUCAGCUGAAAUUAUGGAUAGGACAAGCGGAAAAGACUCAGAAAGUGCUCAGAAAAUCCCGUCAGAGCUGUCCUAUAAUCGGCAGGUUUAAUGCCUUUUUUAAUUUCUAACAGCUAAUGCUAGUAUUUUGGUUGAUAAACUUCUUUUGAAAGGAUAGGCUCACAUUUUUUCAUGUCUGUUGCGAUACAGCUCUCUCUCUCCAUUUAAGACUCACUGGUUGCUGUUAUUGUCCCUUCUGCUCAUCCAAUCUCAGCAGAGGUGAUAGGGGCCAAAAUCCACAAUCCUCUUUCUGGAUAGAUGCAUUAUAAACAUAAAUGGAAAUAUACAUAUAAAUAUAAGACUUUUAGUGUUUUGAUUUGCAUAUAUAGAGCCCAAAAGAACAGUGCUAUUCAAGAACUCAAGGGGCUAUUUGGUAUGAGUAUGCUGCUUUAGGUACCACGAAGCAUGAAAUACAGCCAAGAAGCCCAGACUGUGCAACAGAUGCACUGAAUGUGCCAAAACGCUGCACAGCAGGUUUCUAAAGCACUUGAAGCUGGAAAGCCGUAAUGAUGGCUAUCAUUUUGUCAUUGUGGUUUCAGUCGUGGAGGAAAUAACAGAAAUAUGAGUGGUCAUGCCAAAAGAAAGCAUUAGAUUCAAUGAAGAGGGUCUGCUCGUGUUUUUUCUAAACUUACAGUCAGGGCAAACAUCACUUUUUGUGUUUUUAACAAUCCACUCAAGGUUAAAAUCAGUGAAGAUAAUGAGUGAAUCUUGAUUUUUGUUUUGCCCAUUUUAGGCUGAAUCAGCUUGCACAGCUCAUGCAUUAAAACUAACUGUGGUUUUAGUUCACCUUCUCUCAGAUUAGGAGCAAUUACAGAAAACAAGAGAUCUGUGUGCACCCACUGUGUGUACAUGCUAAUGUUGUGUUAAGAUGGACCUGAGCAAAUGUCACUCCAUUCUUUGGGUACGCAUAGAUGGUGAUGUGCUAUAAAAUGCUGAGAUUUUGAAGGCUAAACACAUGACUCAUUCUUUCCUGAAAUAAAUAUUCUGUUUACAUUGGAGGUACCGCAGGUGGUUUCCCUUAUGAGGAUCCCUGACCUAUCUUGUUGUUUUCCUCUGCAUCCACUGCUGCUAAUGAUGCUGUAACUUCAGGAAAUCCCUGUAAUGCCAGUGCAGACUUGUAUGCUGAAAGGCCUGUGUGCUGUAGCUGCAAGCGACAGCAAACCUGAACCGGGAGUGGUGCUGUGUCAUAAGGAUCUGUAGUCUUCAGUUUCCACCUUGUCAGAAACAGAACUCCACUGAAUUACAACUAACAAAGCUCUGCAGAGCAGGCGCACAGAAAUAACAAUAGCAUGAAUCCAUGUUGGAAAUUCUGUUUGACAUAAGUGUGGCUUGGUGAGGCGAUGCUUGUAUUUGCUCAGAUCUGUUGAGACGCAAAUAGUAAUACCACAGGAGGUGUAAUUAGAUUUUGUGGUUGAGCACCGAUGUCGGGGAAGCUCAGUGUAUGCCGGAUACACUUGGGGGUUUUGACUGCAGAUGUUCAAACGCUCACAGAGAAAGACAGAAAGAGAAUCAACAAACCCCUGGGGAAAAGCUCUCCUGGUAAUUGGAGUUACUUAAUUGCUCAUGGGAGGCCUGUGAAUCAGUGAAAAAUAAAAUAACCCCAGAGCAUUUCAACAGCUAUCUCAAUCAAGCCGUUUAUCAAAAGAACCAAACCAUUCCAGCUGCAAUAUGAGAGUGAAAUGUCACAUUGCAUUGAGAGGGAAGGAAGCGAAGGAUCGCCCGCUCUCACAAAAGAUGCUGUGAACAAACAGUUUGAUCCCCUUCUCGGGGAGUGCAGACAUGUGUGCUGUGCAAUAAUUGGAAGUGCUUAUGGCUAGCAGGAUUACAUUAUCCUCCACGCGACCUUCAUUCUCUCACCUCGUUAAUGUAAUUAAAAAGGUGCAAUUUGCUGAUCUCUGUAUGAAAUAUUAAGUUGAUU